AUGCGCCGUAAGAGAAGACGAGCCAGAAACGCCAUGUUUCGUAAGGGCAGAUGUGAGGGAGUGACGUCACAGAAGGGGAAGCCACGCCCACUUUCCCCCUCAGGACGCGCCGCCAUCUUGGAUCCGCCGCCGCUCCCUGAGGUGAUGCCAGACCUUCCCAAAGAUGCCCCAGAUUUGGGGUCUCUCCAGGACCUGCGGGCUGCCCUGGAGGGGGCCCUGCUGAGGUGCCCGGCUGAGGCCGAGCCCCCCGAGCUGGGCCCGGUGCUGCGGCUGCCGCUGCCCCCGAGCCGGAAACUCAAACACCUGCAGGGGAGCCGGAUCCUCAGGGACAACCUGGAGUGGAACCCCGAGGGUCUCCCCCGCGGCCUGGAGCAGCUGAGGACGGCGCUGAACAUUCUGGAAAAGUACGGCCGCAACCUGCUCAGCCCCCGCCCGCCCCGGCACUGGAGGGCGGUCAGGUUUGGCAACCCCGUCUUCAAAUCCACCGUGGGAGCCAUCCAGCCACUCCCACCAUCCUUAAAGCCACGCCCACUCCUCCUCAAAGCCACUCCCACUAUGCAGAAGCCCCGCCCCCUCUCUGUAUGCCCCUCCCUCUACCUAUAA